AUGGGUCCAUACAUGAUUUUUCUACUUUAUCCAAUUUUAACUAAGUCAUUAUCACGUAAAACGGCGACAACAAUGCAAUUUAUUUUUCCAGUAAAAAAUUUUUUCAAUAUUCAAAAUUAUUAUUACUAUCUUCUAGCAAUGACAUAUUGUGGCACUAUUUCCAUAAUCACAACAUUUGUUGCUUUCGACACAAUAUUUGCUACUUUUAUUCAACAAGCUUGUGGAAUGUUCGCAAUAUUGAUCUUUUCAGAUUUAUUAAAUUCUGCCUUUUCGUUUGGACUUUUAAUAUCGACUACAUUAAAUACAGUUCUCUUAAGUUUCACAGUAUUUUCCGCACGUGAAUAUCAUCAUACUCCCCUUCUCAUGUGGAGAUACGCAAUUUUAACUUCAGCUGAAAUUUUUCAUCUAUUCAAUAAAUUUUGGCAAUGUCAAACAUUAAUCGAUCACAGUGUUAUGUUUCGAAAUUCAAUCUAUGCUUCCAAUUGGUAUAAUGCAUCAGCUAAUACAAAAUUAAUUUUACGAUUUAUGUUAAUGAGAUCUGAAAAGGUGUGCAAAGUAACAGCAGGAAAAUUCUUCGACAUGUCAUUUCACACUUUUAGAAAAAUUUUAAGUACGGCGGCUUCUUAUUUUACUGUUUUAUCAGCCAUAAAAUAAUUAAAAACCAACAAUUUUCCGAUAAAUAAUAUAAAUAUGAUGGACUAAAAUAUUGUCCGACAGAUAUUGUAUUCGACACACAGAAAAA